AUGUGUAUUUGGGGUGGGAAGUUCUGUAUUGUCUACUUAACCAGUGCUAUUACCCGUUCUGCGCAGACCGCCUUAGCUGGUACAGAGGACCGGCAGAACGGCAUUUCUGCGGGCGGGGCACCUCGAGAGCGGAGAGCGGCCGACGCGACGCCGCCAAACCAUGUCGUGUACGUGCGGUGGGGGAGGGAGGACUGUGGCGAAAACGCAAAGAAUGUCUACUCCGGUGCUGUGGGCGGUGGAUUGUACAGCCAGUCGGGAGGGGGAAGUGACUACCAGUGCCUCCCCCUGGAAGAUGUGGAGUGGAACAACCCAGUGGCUGGUAAUCAGCACGGAAGCUACAUGUACGGGGCAGAGUACCAUGUGAGUGCUGAGUACUUCUCCACUGACAACAUGAGGCACAUCACCAACCCUCAUAACUACGACGUCCCCUGCUCGGUGUGUCUCGUGUCCGGUCGGUCUGCACACGUCAUGAUCCCCGCCCGCCUGUCCUGUCCUCGGGGGUGGAGUAAGGAGUACAGCGGCUACCUCAUGUCGGGAGCCUUCAACGACGCGAGCAACAAGAACUUCAUCUGUGUGGACGGAGCUCCAGAGCUCAGGCAAGGUUCAUCUGCCGACCUAAACGGAGCCCUGCUGUUGCUGGUGGAGGCGCAGUGUGGCUCUCUUCCCUGUGGACCCUACAUCAGCGGCUACGAGCUCACCUGUGUGGUCUGCACCUUGUAAACUGAUAUUUGCUGAAC